AUGUCCACACUAACCAUUCCACAGGCUUUUGGUCUGUAUGGAUAUGAUGCCGGUGUUUUAGGCGGAGUUCAGGAAACACGUCCUUUCCGCGAGGCUCUCGGGACGACACAACAGGGCUUCGGUAUCGGUUUUAUUUCCUGUGCGGUGCCAACGUAUAUGGCUGAAAUGAGUCUCACGGAAAAGGAACGAGGGCCAGAGGUGGCAUUCCAGUGCAUAUUUCUUGUGAGCGGUUGUGCGUUCGCGUAUUGGGUGGACUUUGGUUUCACGCGCCUCGACAAUCAGAUCUCAUGGCGCAUUCCUAUCGGGUUCCAAGCCGUUCUCGGCGCUGUUUCAGGCGUGGGGAUGUUUUUGUUGCCGGACACACCUCGAUGGUAUUACGUCCGUGGUCGGCUAGAGGAAGGGGACGAAAUCCUAUCUCGCCUUCAUGACCGACCGAUUUUGGAUUCUGAUGUCCAAGCAAUGCGAGAAUCCAUCCUAGCAUCUCUUGAGCUUGAGUCUGAGGAAACCAAAACUCUGAAUCCGCUAGAUCUCUUUUGGGAUCGGACUAACUUGCGGGUGGGACGACGCUUGCGAAUCGCUUUCUUGAUCCUGUCUGUGCAGCAGAUGAUGGGGAUCAAUGUGGCUGUCUACUACAGUGUCACCAUAUUUGCGCAGAUUGGUCUUUCCUCUACGCUAUCUCAGCUUCUCGCUGCAGUGAUGAACACUAUCUUCGCAAUAGGUUCUCUCUUCCUUCCUUCAACCAUCGAAAGAUUCGGAAGGAGGAACAUAUUGAUGUACUCUGCUGGAGGUCUAACAAUCUGUCUCAGUAUUUUUGUCGCCAUGAUCGGAUCCCCGGAUCCUACAUUGGCAAAACAAUGGGUUGCAGUCGCAGCCAUCAUUAUAUACAAUCUUAUCUUUGGGUAUGGAUGGAUUGGUGUUUGCUGGUUAUAUGGACCCGAGAUCGCUCCAUUACAAUUCCGCCACAUCGGAGGUGCCGCCAGUGCAUUUGGAGAAUGGCUUUUCUGCUUCAUCACUGUUUUUGCUGGAGGUAUCGGACUUGAGAAAGUUGGAUGGAAGUUGUGGCUUUGGUGCCUCCUUUCAUGCGCAGUGGCUGUGCCGUUCGUCUACUUCUUGUGCCCUGAGACGACUGGGAAAACACUAGAAGAAAUAGAUUUAUUGUUUCAAAAGGAGAGCGAGCCUCACCGGAACAAUACUGAUUCUAUGGAUGCAUCUUUGCAGGAGAAAGAGGAGGUUCAAUGUUAUCAUCAAGAAACUGCCCGCGUGUGA